AGGGAGGCAGACACGGGGACGGAGUCUCACGGCACACACACGCUAACCAUCCUCUGACACACCAGCAGCCAAACACAAGCCGGGCUAACCACAAGGAUAAACCCCUCUGCCUGCUCACACCGACCCGGCUCCUCUCCACUGGAAAUACCGUUUAUUCUUUGUGUUAUUAUAGGAGCAUCAGCCACUUGUUAUCUCUCCCGAGCCGAUCCAGACCCUCUUUCUCUACAUCUUUCUUUGGGGGGAUUGACAUUUUUUCCUGAUUGUGGAUGAGACCCUCAUAGAACUCCCGACACUCUAAAGGAAUCUGAUCAAUUUAUUCAUCCAGGAGGACAUCAGCUCUGCUGUCCAGGACAAGGAGUUUAAAGGCAUUUUUUUGCACAUGGUGAAUAAACCAAGAUAGAGACGAGAGAUCGACCGGACUAAAUGACUUGUUAACACGGGAAUUCGAAGCAGAUCCGAUUCGCGUUCCCCCUGGACAUGGAUAUCGUUGUUUUUGGAGUUAUUGCUCUGUGCUUUACCGGAUCCGGAGUGUCCGCGCAGGGGGCAAACUCAUGUGGUGGUCAUCUAAAUGCCAAAGAUCCUGGGUACAUCACCUCCCCUGGGUAUCCGAAUGACUACCCAUCUCAUCAGAACUGCGAGUGGAUUAUCAGCGCUCCAGAACCCAACCAGAAGAUUGUACUUAACUUCAACCCUCACUUUGAAAUUGAAAAACACGAUUGCAAGUAUGACUUCAUUGAGAUCCGCGAUGGGGACAGUGAAUCCGCAGAGCUUCUAGGGAAACAUUGUGGAAGUAUUGCUCCGUCAACCAUCACCUCAUCGGGUUCCCAUAUCUACAUUCGGUUUAUAUCGGACUAUGCACGCCAGGGUGCUGGAUUCUCACUACGAUAUGAGAUCUUCAAAACAGGCUCUGAAGAUUGCUCAAGGAACUUCACCAGCAUCAAUGGCACCAUUGAGUCUCCCAGCUUUCCAGACAAAUACCCACACAACCUGGACUGUGUAUUUACUAUCCUGGCCAAGCCAAAAAUGGAGAUAAUCCUGCAGUUCCUGACUUUCGACCUGGAGUAUGAUCCGCUACAAGUCGGAGAGGGUGACUGCAAAUAUGAUUGGCUGGACAUUUGGGAUGGGCUUCCUGGUGUGGGGCCCUUGAUUGGCAAGUAUUGCGGCACCAAGACCCCUUCUGAGAUCCGCUCUUCAACUGGAAUCCUGUCCCUCACCUUUCACACUGACAUGGCGGUUGCUAAAGAUGGGUUUUCAGCUCGAUAUUACCUUGUCCCUCAGGAGGUCCCUGAAACUUUCCAGUGCAAUGUUCCUCUGGGGAUGGAGUCUGGACGGAUUUCUAAUGAACAGAUCAGUGCCUCCUCUACAUACACAGAUGGCAGGUGGAGCGCCCAACAGAGUAGACUCAACAGUGAUGAUAACGGCUGGACCCCCAACACGGACAACAACAAGGAAUAUCUGCAGGUGGAUCUUCGCUUCUUGACCCUGCUGACAGCUGUGGCCACUCAAGGUGCCAUUUCCAAGGAAACUCACGUUGACUACUACGUCAAGUCUUACAAGCUGGAGGUCAGCACCAACGGCGAGGACUGGAUGAUGUUUCGGCAUGGAAAAAACCACAAGAUAUUUCCAGGGAACGAUGAUGCAUCGGAAGUGGUAUUGAAUAAAAUUCCUCAGCCGGUGUUGACUCGCUUCGUCCGGUUCCGUCCUCAGACGUGGCACAGAGGGAUAGCCAUGCGGGUGGAGCUCUAUGGAUGCCAGAUUACAGAUUCCCCCUGCUCAAAUAUGUUAGGGAUGAUGUCUGGCCUAAUCUCAGACUCCCAGAUCACAGCAUCUUCAACCAGGGAGUAUCUGUGGUCCCCCGGCGUGGCUCGUUUGGUGAGCAGCCGGUCGGGCUGGUACACCCACAUUUCACAGUCCCAGGUCGGGAAGGAGUGGUUACAGGUUGACCUGGGCACCAUCAAAACUGUAAAGGGUGUUAUCAUCCAAGGCGCACGGAUCGGAGAAAGCCUUGCCACCUCUGAAAACAGGGCUUUUGUACGGAAAUUCAAAGUAGCCCACAGUUUGAACGGACACGACUGGGAAUUUAUACAGGAUCCAAAGACGGAUUUGGCCAAGCUGUUUGAGGGUAACAUGCAUUACGACACCCCCGAAGUGAGGCGGUUUGAACCCGUAGCUGCGCAAUUUGUCCGUGUUUAUCCAGAAAGGUGGUCUCCAGCUGGGAUGGGCAUGAGAAUGGAGAUACUAGGCUGCGACAGAACAGAAACCAAACCUACUUCAGAGACGAUAGAACCCACUAUGAAGACUGAAGAGACAACUACGCAAAGUACAGCUGAAGAGGAAACCUCAGACUGCGGGGAGUCUUGUGCAGAGAAUGAAGAUUUUCAAUUCCCCUCUGGGUUUAACUGCAAUUUCGACGACUCUGAGGAUGUUUGCAGCUGGAUGCAUGAUACUAACGCUGAUUUUACAUGGUCGUUCCACCCCAAUAAUCCUUGGAUGGGACAUCCUAGUUCCAACCCUGGUUACAGCAAAAAUUAUCUAAGACUGCCCAGUGGUGGGAGAAUAGAAGGUCAACAUGCACGUUUACUGAGCCCCAAAAUAUACCUGCCCAGAAGUGUUCACUGCAUGGUGUUUCGGUAUAGGGCAUCGGGAACUAGCGGUGGAACUCUGCAGAUUCUAAGGAAAUCCAGCCAAGAAAAUAAGUUACUGUGGAAGAUCAAAGAAGAGCAAGCAAGCGACUGGCGAGAAGGCAGAAUCAUCUUACACGGCUAUGAAGGAGAUUACCAGAUUGUCGUUGAGGGAAUUGUUGGAAAAGGGCAGUCUGGAGAAAUCGCCGUGGAUGACAUUCGCAUAGCUACAGACAUACCCAUGGAGCACUGUAUGGAACCGAUAACAGCUUUUCCGGGACAGAACAAAGAAUAUUCCCCAGGGGGCACCCUUCUACCAGGGAGCGAGCCCACAGUGGACACGGUGUCAGUGCAGCCCAUCCCAGUCUACUGGUAUUACGUUAUGGCAGCAGGAGGCGCUGUUCUGGUGCUGGUCUCCGUCGCGCUGGCCUUGGUGCUCCACUACCACCGCUUCCGCUAUGCGGCCAAGAAGAGCGACCCCGCCAUCACCUACAAAACCUCACACUACGCCAACGGGACACCCUUGGCAGUGGAACCCACCUUAACUAUAAAACUAGAACAAGAUGAUCGCGACCACAGCUCGCGGUGUUGAGGGUGAAACGGACACAGGAUCUAGACUUAACAGACAGCAGAACGUUGGCUGAAUUUGCACUUUUAUCCUCCUGUCCCUUAUGCCCCAAGGACACUGCGGUCUGCAUACUUUUGAACUGUUAGACACUUGGCCUCCCUUCUUGACUGUCUCUAAACUCUAAUGCUGCAUCUUGGGAAACAUUUGAGAAGAUGGUUUGAUGCCUCUUAAACCCUGAAUGCGCUUUUAUUUUUUCAAAGACUCUGUUUUUUUGUUUUUCAUAUGAUAAUUUUUUCCCCAGACGGAAAAAAAUUGCCUGCAAACAUGAAGGAAAGUCUAAAAAGGGUGUAUAUCUAUCUAAAAGGACACGCAUACGCACGUGUAUAUGUGUGUGUAUAUGUGUGUGUAUAUAUAUAUAUAUAUAUAUAUAUAUACAUACACACACAUUUCUGUAUGUGUGAUUUAGCAUGUGUGAAUGGUGUUGUACUGUAAUACAGUAGACAAAGAACAAAACAUUUGAACCCGUAUUGUGUUAUUACUAGGUAAUGAACAUAACUUACAAUCUAUUCAGUGUGUUUAAAGGAGCUUGAUAUGCCAGUAAACAUUUUUUCUGUACUUUGGCCUCUUUGUGGGUACAGCCUGUACCUGAUAAAACCACUGGGUGAGAUCAGAAAGCGGUUCCUAUAAUUUUAUCUCACAUCCUGUAACUGAUGCAAGUCUCCAAAACCGCUCAAAGUAACAACAGGCAGGCAGUGAUAAGUCCUCAAAGCCAUCCAAUUGCGGCCCUAUGACAUUCAUUUUAAGUAUCACCAGAUAACUCCAAAAUAUAGUCCCCAUAUAACAUACUUAUUAAUGGCAGGAUCCAACCAGUUUUAAAGGUCACAUGACAAAGCUCUACGUUCAGCAUGUGAACCUUCUGAACAAAAGAAAGCCGGAGGUUUUAAAUGGUUGCGGCUUACCUGUAAGUUUGUUAAUAUGUGUGAUUCCUCACACCUUAAACCGAGGCCCAACAAAACAACAGGCAGCUCUCCUACUCUGGAUGGAAUCACCGCUCCCAAUUAUGCAACGGACGCCUUUGCUUUCUUUUCGUAUGCUGCUGAGCCUUAUCAAACUUGUAGCUUCACAACCCCUGAAAAGCAAACGGUUGGCUAUUUGGCUACACAUACAAUAAAAGUAACACAAAAUUACUUAAUUUCAAAUUACCAGACUCAAGCUGUCAUACAGUGGUUUUUUGUUGGGGGAAAUUCAUUGUUCAACUCCAAAUCCUCAACCACUUUCUACAAAACAGUCCCCUCGUCUCCAUUACCUUACCAAUUCCCAGAAGUAUUUAUUCUAAAUUAUAGGUUUGUGGUGUGACAGCAGGUUUAUUGCCUGAUUAACUCGAUCGAAGAAAAAAAAAAAACAUUCUGUGAUUAACCCCCAAAUGCCAGGGAAGCAGAGCACAACCUCUCUGACACUCAGCGAUACUUAAUACCCCACCAAACCUCUUUUAGUUGCCCUAAUUAGCCUGCUUUUGUUUGGAAGAACAUAAGAGUUACUAUUAUAAGGUCUGUAGUUACAGUACUUGGUGACGUUGCAGAGCAGUCGAUUUUACAUGCAUUUUUUUUUAAGUAGCAAAUGGGUGGCCUUAUAUAUAUAUGAAGUGACAUAGAAAUGUAUAUUUUUUUCGUAUUCAUGCUGUAAUUUGGGUGCUUGAAUGUAUUUCACACACAGACGCUAAACUGCUGUGUAAACCGAUAAUACCUUUUGUAUUAGAUUUGUUCCGUCUGUUAAACAUUACUGUUAAUUUAUAGUGGUAUGAUACACACAUUGGGAUGUGCCUGCAAUUUUAAAUAUUUUGUAUAUCACGGAGGCUUAAGAUAAGAAUCCUAGAAAAUAUCGCAGCUGAUAUGGCUAGAAUAGCCAUCGUUAUGACAUUGGUUAAAGUGCAUGUUUCAGCAAUUUGAGACUUUAUUAAGAAGAUGAAACAUUUCAUUUAUUUCAGAAACAUUUGUUUCUUUUCUUUUUUGUUUGAUUUGCAUUUUUUUUUUCAUUUUGCCCCCAAUUAUUGUAAGAACCUGAAAUCUGAGCAAGAAAUGAUGCAAAUCAUAAAAUGAAUAAAUCUUGUAGAGUAAUUUAAACAAAAUAUCCCUUUGGCACUUUUAUAGCUUUUGAAAUCGAAUGUAAAAAAAUCUAACCUAAUAGUUUAGAAGUGAAAUAGUUAAACAUGAAGCAAAUAUUUCAUCAGCAGGACACCUCAUUUUUUUAGCAUUAUUUCACUACAGACAAUAGUUGGUUUAAUUAUACUCAUUGACAACCUCAAUGCUAUCUCUUAUUUUCUAAGGUCAUCGGAAGCCUGUGUUACUGCACAGGAUGUAUUAACUCUUUAAAGGAAAGCCAGUGCAUUAACCACAUACUGUCUAAUUUAAUAUAAUAUUUGGAGACUUUUGGAACACAAUGCAUUUCAAGUAAUCUAUAUUUAAGCGUUAAAUGCAGAAUCCCUUUAUGUCUAUUCAAAGUCACAUCAUUCUUAAAGCAGGGUGUCAGAUUGACUCCCCUCCAUCCAUUGCACACGUAUUGGUGAUUAUGCUAUUUGCCUUCUCCCUUCUGCUGAAUAUAGCAGCACUAUUUAAUAUUUGCCAUCUGGUUCUACAUACUUAGAACAAAAGCUCAAUGAUUGUAAUAUAAAAAAACCUUGAACACAAAGAACAGUAUACAAAAUAAUGGAAUGCAUUAUACAAAACAUAAAUAAAUACAGAAAAACACAAGGGGUAUUUUUCAGCCCCCAUCCAUUAUUUUUAAAUCACACGGUUGUUUUUUUUUAUACACAGGCUGUACAUGCAAUUCUUAUCAAUUGCCUUUUUUAGAUCUUUUCUUUCAUGUGCUUUCAGGAGCAUUACUUGUAAAAUAAUUGUGCUUCUAUCUGGAUCUGACAGUGUUUGUGAUAAGGUAGCAAAAGCUAUUUGAGUAUCAGAGCGAGUGGAAGACAGCAGUGCUCAAACCACUGGCACUCAAAAGUUGCAUUAAAAGUUUGUACAAUAAUGAAUUUGAAGCAGGAGCUCUCUUUAUAGGUGUGACACAAGAAAAAACAAAAGCAUUGUCGUGUAAAUUGGAUCAAAUUGAAUUCAAAUUGUUGUUAAUAAUUCAUAAAUAAGGUCACUGCUUCAAACUCAUAACCUAGCUGUAAUAUAACAAUAUGUCUUAUCUUGUUUUAAAAUCCUGAUGAAAAUGAUCUAGUCAUUCUAACUCCCUUUCUCUUUCAAAUACUUAAUCAUCUCUUGCUUCGCCCCUCUCUGCCUGUGAAUGAAACAACAAAAAAAAACCAUCUUGGAAAUCUGAAACUUAUUUGAAAAUGUGCUGUGUGGAAUGUAAUUAAAGGAUGAUAUUUUUGUACAAA